ACAACGACGAAGAACACCGGUUUUGUGAAGAUUGCAUUAUUUAUUUGAUCGGAUCGUGAAACACUUCCUCGCCGAAGUUGUUUCUUUCUGAAUGGAGUGACUAGACAAAUUAUACAUUGAGCGGAAGACAGAAAUCUGGACGCUGAAAUGGCAGCGUUUCGCAAUAACUUGGACAAUAAUGUCAAUACCAUGGCAGGCAUGGGACAAAGGUUUAUGACAGAUCAGUUUUCCUGGAACUCCCAGUAUGGUUUGAAUAAUCUUGGAAGGAAAACAACAGGUGAAUUAUCACCAGGGGCCAGAAAAAAUCUAAAUAUGUCAGGGAUGUCGUCGCAGCCACCGCAACCCAACCAGCCACCUCACCCAUCACAGCCCUCCAAACCCAGGAAGGGUUUGUUUGGGGAGGAUGACGACAGUGAGACAAGUAUGUAUUUCCCACAGUCCUCCAGUCUACAAUCUUCAGUAUUUCGACCCGAUAGAGAUGUUAUGAAUUCUCAGUCACCUUCACAACUUUCGGGUGGAUUUGGCAAUAACUUUUACAAUCAAGGAGGUCUGAACAACUAUGCGCUACAACCACGAGGCCCUGUGUCUGGUGUGACAGGGCCACAGUUUCGAGGCACGAGUCAGGGACAUGUCACUCCCACCAGUAUGAAUCCAAACUUUCCGAUGAAUCUGCAACAGCCUCCACAGCAACCUUCACCAAACAGGAAUGUUAUAUCUGCCAUCGGGGGACAAAGAAGUGUCAUGAAUCAAAACCAGGGCAAUCAGUCAUUAUCAAAUCUUCAGAAACGAGCCCUUGGACAGUCCGGUCUCCCAAAAACUAAGUCAGUUAUACAGAAACGAGCCCUGGGACAGUUUGGUCUCCUUAAGUCAGUUAUACAGAAACGAGCCCUGGGACAGUUUGGUCUCCUUAAGUCAGUUAUACAGAAACGAGCCCUGGGACAGUUUGGUCUCCUUAAGUCAGUUAUACAGAAACGAGCCCUGGGACAGUUUGGUCUCCUUAAGUCAGUUAUACAGAAACGAGCCCUGGGACAGUUUGGUCUCCUUAAGUCAGUUAUACAGAAACGAGCCUUGGAACAAUCUUGUCUCCAGAAAACUAAGUCAGUUAUACAGAAACGAGCCCUGGGACAGUUUGGUCUCCUUAAGUCAGUUAUACAGAAACGAGCCCUGCAACAAUCUUGUCUCCAGAAAACUAAGUCAGUUAUACAGAAACGAGCCCUGGGACAGUUUGGUCUCCUUAAGUCAGUUAUACAGAAACGAGCCCUGCAACAAUCUUGUCUCCAGAAAAGUAAGUCAGUGAUACAGAAACGAGCCCUGGAACAGUUUGGUCUCCUUAAGUCAGUUAUACAGAAACGAGCCCUGCAACAAUCUUGUCUCCAGAAGUAA